CGUCACGGUCACUCUGGUCACACUUCAGGCAAAGCAAAACAAAUCAAAAUAAUUUUAUUUUAAUUUUAUCUCAUUUACCAAAAACGAGCCUAAAACAUGGCCCACUACAAGGGUGCCGCCAGCGAGGCGGGCCGAGCCGCCCAAUUGAUGAAGAAGCGCGAGAUACAACUGCAGGAGAUCGAGUUUCGCAAGAAGAAAAUUGAGGAGGAGCUGAAGCUGGACAAGAUUGAGAACAAGUUCGCCACUCACUACGAUGCAGUGGAGCAGCAGCUCAAGACCUCGACCAUCGGUCUGGUCACGUUGGAUGAGAUGAAGGCAAAGCAGGAGGACAUAGUACGCGAACGGGAGAAAAAGCUGGCACAAAAGAAGGACGAGAAGGACCGCGAGAAACAGCGCGCCCUGGAGGCCAUUCAGGCCGAGAAGAACAAGCAGAAGCGACAGAUUCAAGCAUUAUCUUUCAAUCUGGCCGAUGAAGACGAGGAUGACGACGACGAGAAGGCCGACGACGACGACAAAGAACACACAAGCGAUAAGGAAGAGGAGGACAAGCCGAAAGCGGCCAAGUGGACAGAGAUGCAAGACGAGAUCUUGCCCAUCAAAAGGAAGAAAAUCUGUAAAAAUCCAGAUGUGGACACCUCGUUCCUACCCGAUCGUGAGCGCGAAGAGCAGGAGAAUCGACUGCGCGAGACCCUCCGCCAGGAGUGGGUAAUGCAGCAGGCGGAGCUCAAAGACGAGGACAUCUCGAUCACAUUCAGCUACUGGGACGGCUCCGGCCAUCGUCGCAAUGUGCAAAUGAAGAAGGGCAACUCCAUCUACCAGUUCCACCAAAAAUGUCUGGAACUUCUGCGCAAAGAGUUCAUCGAGCUGAAGACGGUCAUGGCCGACCAGCUGAUGUACGUGAAGGAGGAUCUGAUACUGCCCCACCACUACUCCUUCUACGACUUUAUCGUGACGAAGGCUCGCGGCAAAUCCGGUCCACUGUUCCAGUUCGAUGUCCAUGACGAUGUGCGCAUGAUAAGUGAUGCCUCCGUGGAGAAGGAAGAGUCUCAUGCCGGCAAGGUGCUUCUCCGCUCGUGGUACGAACGCAACAAACACAUAUUCCCUGCCAGCCGUUGGGAGCCCUACGAUCCCACUAAAACCUACGACAAGUACACGAUCAAGGACAAAGACAAGGCUAAAAAGUAAUGUUAAUGUUGUAUUUAUUUAAAUAAAUUCAUGCUGCAGAUUUUUGCUAGCAAACGAUUCACAUAUGGAA